AAAAGUUUCCUUACUUUUUCUACAUCCUUAACCGUAACUCAUCGCCUCUUGUCGUCGGCCCUCGCCGCCUGCUGCCGAUUGCCGGCGUCGACUCAUUUCUCUCGUCCCCAUCGUCGCCCGUCGCUCUGCCAGCGAAUGUUAUAAUAAGGUUAUUAGGGAAAAUCUCAAAAGAGAAAAAAAAAAUCCUCUACACUGGGACCCAAAGCAGCUAUCUCCCUCCCACGACAAAUCACCGCUCAUCCACUCCAUGGCCACGCUUGUGAUGCCCGUCGCUUCUCCAUCCUCCUCCUUCGACGCAUCCUUUCCUUCCCUUCCUUGCAAUCGCAUGACCUCAACCACAACUUCUCCAUGUCGUCUUCCUUCCGCAUCCAUUUCCCCCCUCCUUUCCGACCUCUCUUCUCCCUCAACUCCUUCUCUUCCUCUUCCUCUAUCGCCAUUAGCCAUCGGAGCAGCGGAGGCGACUUCAACCGCCUAAUCCAGUCGCUAUGCGCCAAGGGGAACCUCGCCCAAGCCAUGGAGCUCCUCCCCCACGAGCCCCGCCCCGCCCAGCGCACCUACGAAUCCCUCAUCCUCGCCUGCGCCCACCACAACGCCGCGUGCCACGCCGCCGUUGUCCACCGCCACCUCCUCCAGCACGGCUUCGACCAGGACUCCUUCCUCGCCACCAAGCUCAUCGACAUGUAUGGCCAACUCGACCUUCUAUACGCCGCUCGCCAGGUGUUCGAUGAAACGCCCGACAAGACCAUCUUCGUCUGGAACGCUCUCCUCAAGGCCCUCGCUCUUGCCGAUGAGGGAGAGGACGCCCUCGCCCUGUUCAGCGACAUGACCCGUCUAGGCGUGCCGGUGGACAGCUUCACCUUCUCCCACUCGCUCAAGGCUUGUAUCGCCGCCUCGUCCAGCUCCGAGCUCGCCCCCAUAAGACUAAGUCAAGUGCACGCCCGCGCCAUCAGACUCGGCUUCGAGUCCCAUGUUCAUGUCGCCACGACUCUCAUCGAUUGCUAUGCCAAACUUGGGUCUGUUGUGCACUCCGAGCGGGUGUUUGAUGAAAUGCCAGAUAGAAAUGUGGUCUCCUGGAGUGCUAUGAUCGCUUGCUAUGCGAAGAAUGAACGACCGUUUGAUGCACUGAACCUCUUCAAUCACAUGAUGUCAACCGACCCUGAAGCCGUUCCGAAUGCUGUUACCAUGGUCAGUGUUCUUCAAGCUUGUGGUGGUGUAUCUGCAUUGGUUCAAGGAAAGGUUUUGCAUGCUUAUAUACUUAGAAAUUCACUUGACCCAACUCUAUCCGUAGUCAAUGCUCUAAUUGUGAUGUAUGCAAAAUGCGGAAGUUUGGAGAGGAGCAGAAGAAUCUUCCACAAGAUGACGAAUCGGAAAGAUGUGGUGACAUGGAAUUCCAUGAUUUCAGCUUAUGGCAUUCAUGGAUUCGGUGAGAAAGCUAUUCAAGUGUUUCAUAAGAUGAUCAAUGCUGGAGUAAGGCCGAGCAUUAUUACAUUUGUGACAGUGUUGGGUGCUUGCAGCCAUGCAAGACUCAUCGACGAGGGUAAGAGACUGUUUGAGUCAAUGUCCCGUGAACAUGGCAUGUCACCCCGCUCCGAACACUUUGCUUGCAUUGUUGAUCUACUCGGCCGUGCAGGCCAACUUGAUGAAGCUGUGAAGAUCAUAGAAGGAAUGCGGAUUGAGCCAGGCCCUACUGUCUGGGGCUCUCUCCUGGGAGCAUGCCGGAUUCACUGUAAUGUUGAGCUUGCAGAGAGAGCAUGUGCUCGUCUCUUCAAACUCGAGCCAUUGAACGCAGGGAAUUAUGUGCUAUUAGCAGAUAUAUAUGCAGAAGCUAAGAUGUGGGAUGAGGUAGACAGAGUAAAAAAGUUGUUGGAAGCCAAGAGGCUACAGAAAGUGUCUGGUUGCAGCUGGAUUGAGGUCAAGAAGAAGAUAUACUCAUUUGUAUCUGUUGACGAAAUGAAUCCGCAAAUAGAACAGCUUCUUGCUUUGCUUGGUCAGUUAGUGACAGAGAUGAAGAACACAGGUUAUGUUCCUAAUACCAGAAUCGUUCUCUAUGAUUUGGAACAACAUGAAAAAGAGAGGGUCUUAUUGGGACACAGUGAGAAAUUGGCUGUUGCAUUUGGGCUCAUAAAUAGCAGCAACGGUGAGGUUCUAAGAAUCACAAAAAAUCUUAGAUUGUGUGAGGACUGCCACAGCUUCACCAAGUUCAUUUCAAAAUUCACAAGGAGAGAAAUUAUAGUUCGAGAUGUGAAUAGGUUCCAUCAUUUCAAAGAUGGGGUGUGCUCAUGUUCAGAUUAUUGGUGAUUUAACCCGCAAGAUUCUGCUUGCAAAUUAUUACGAUAUCUGACAAUUAAGUUUUACAUGAAAUCAAUCUUGCAACUAUC